CCGACGAGGACCGGUUUCUCUAGGAUUUUGUUGUCAUACUGUUCUUCUAGCUAAUUUGUAUUUCCAACAGCGCUGUGUCUGUAUUUUGGAAAUAUCACGCAGUCCAAGCACUUAACGGUCGCUUGGGGGAAAAACGACAGAAUGUCGUCUGAGGAGUUUGAGAAACUUCAUGAGAUGUACAGAUCAUUGUACGACGAACUGAAAGUGAUUCCUGAUCGAGUGGUGCGAAGUCAAGGGGAGGAGAAGAAGAAGUUAAUCAGAGUGUUUGAUGAACGGAUUGGGGAAGCACAAGAAGUACUACAGGGGAUGGAGCAGGAGCUGGUUGGUGCCCCGGGCUCCUUCAGGAACCCCAUGUCCUCCAAAGUCAGGCUGUACCACCGAGACCUGGCAAGGCUGCAACGAGACCUGCAUGGUUUGCAUGCCGGCCCAGGCCUGGGCCGCUCCAGCCGCCCCGGAGACAACAGGCACGGCGUCUAUGCCGUGGAGAACGAGCGCAGCGCUCAGCUGCAGGCCCAGCGCACUUUGCUGCUGCAGGGCACAGAGGUGCUGACCAACGCAUCACAGAGCAUCGAACGGAGCCAGCGCAUUGCCGCCGAGAUUGAUCAGAUCGGUACGGACAUCAUCGAGGAGCUCGGUGAACAGCGGGAACAACUGGACCGGACUAGAGACAGGCUGGUGCACACAGGAGAGAACCUGAGCCGCAGCAGGAAGAUCCUACGGGCCAUGUCACGGCGGGUGAUGACCAAUAAGUUGUUGCUGGGAAUCAUUAUCAUCCUGGAGCUGGCCAUACUGGGAGCAGUGGUGUACCUCAAGUUCUUCAGACGUUAGGCGGGACCAAGCCACGCAAGACGGCUGAAUGUGCAACAAAAGAUCUCUCUUUCUCUCUCUCUCUCUCUCUCUCUCUGACUGUGACUUUCUCUGCGAAUGCAGCUUGGGUAGUGAGACAGACCCAUUGGCUGUCCAUGGCCCGGAGUAGAGAAACACCACCCUGCUAGGCAAUGCGGAGAGCCAUUCUAAACCCUCUCCUGCCUCCGCAGAUACCAGGCCAGGGAUCUCCUACACCAUAUGAGCAAUGUUCUCUGUACUCUCUGGAGGAUUUGAACCAGACUGCUGGCAUCUAUCCGGUGUUGGCAUCAGCAGGGGAAAGGAUUAAUUUGUACUGCGGAGCUAAUAUAUGAACAGUUGCAUGACCAUGUGAUGCCUCCCAGAAAGAAGAAGGUUGAAAAGCCACAAAGAAGGAUGAAGAUACAGUUAAGGAGGAGGAAUGGACACAGUAAACUUGGGUUUAACCUCUAGAUGUCUCUUUUUGUACAUGACUAGUUUAAUAUGUCAUACAGCAGUUUAUUUGAUCAUUUGAAUUUUUUUUUCAGCAUGAACUAUUUAACAGACUCUUUGCAUCUGUCAUUGAUGACAGUGUGAUUAUAGCAUUAAAAACAGUCUUGUUCCUAGAAGGGCAUGUGUUUACAGAGAAAUGAAAGUUACCCAAGACAAAAAGAUGAAUGGGUGUGGGUGUGGGUGUGUGUGUGUGGGGUGUGUGUGUGUGUGGUGUGUGUGUGUGUGUGUGUGUGUGUGUGUGUGUGUGUGUUCGUGUUCCUUCCUGUUCAGAAGGAAUAAAGCUCACUGACCUGCUGUAACCUGGUGAGCCCCUGGCCUUUCACUGUUGUUAUUUAAAACCUUGAGUGAGUAGUUCAACUCUUUCACAACAAGUGGGUGGGGUGGAGUGCUGUGACCGUCAUGUGAGGACACUACAAAACCAAUUGCUCCAAAGCAACAUGAUCUUUUUGUUUAAAGCCCUGUGGCCACACAACAAAAAUUGAAUAGCACAUGCAUAUGCUUUAUGCAUACAGUAGGAAAAACAUGAACAUUUAAAGUACCUGUUUCACCUCUUUUC